GCAAACAGUCGCGGGGCUCCACGAAACUCAAAAUCCGAAAUAGUUGAGACACGCGGCGUAUACGUAAUUACCGUCCAUCCAACAGCUGGCGACUUGCCCACCAAGGACCCCGCCACAUGCCCCACCGUCCUUCGGUGACCCACUUUGAGGUCCGGCUCUAAAGUUCAAUCGUCGUUUAAGUGCCUCCUUUUGUGUGUCAAUAAACUCGCGUGCCCAGUGUCCACUCCUCUGCUACCAGCCCUGCCGCCACCAAUUUUCCACUCCUGCCAAACUAAGCACACUUUCAAAGUCUGGACUCCGGAGGCUUCCCGGCUUCGUCGUCCGACCCAGUUGAUCGGCACCCACAUACAUACAUAUCUGAGUUUAUACUGACGCCUCCUGGCGACAAUUUGCCUGCCCCGCCUCUGUUACUGCUGCCACUGCUGCUGUUUUGUAGUAUUUUUUUUGCGCCAACUCGCGUGACUCACUGGAGGUGCAAGUCUGAGCCGGGUCUACGGUAACCAAACACUUUAAGCCAAGCUCAAUCGCGUCAUUGCCUUGGCCGGUGCCCACACACGAGCAAGAUCUUCGCAUCAAAUCGCAUCGAAUUCAAUCCGCUCAGCUUAGCUCGAACUGGAAUUCAAUUGAGCAGCUACCGCCGACAGAAGUACCUUUAUUUGGAGAUGGCGUCAGAGGGUUCCCGAGAUCUCAGGACAUCAAGGUUGGCGCAAAUGCAGAUGCGUUUUCAGCAACGAACACAGCAAGAGCAGGAAGUGCGUCGUCGGGAGCUUGUGGCCACCAAGACACAUGUCGAUGAACUGACAGCCAUUGGAGCACCCAGUGCAGCCACCAGCCGGCUCAUCGGCAAUGGAAAGGUGCGCCAAAUGUUCGACGAGCGUCGCCGGGGUGCAGGCAUUGAUCGCAGCAAUCCAUUAAAGCCAAUCGGCACCCUGCCAUCGCCCCCAGCCCAGACCCAGACCAAAACCCGGACAAUGCCGCCCAUGAAUCGGCUGGCAAAGGGCAUAUCCACCAUGAGCUUGAAAGAGCCGGGUAGCAACCAAAGGCGUAGCAUCGCCAACGACAACAAUAACAAUAAGUACGCCACACCGAGGAACGUGAAUGCCAAUCGCAAUCUAAAGCCAGUGGUGACGCGGAAAACGCCACCUGUCCAGGAGCCCAUAGGACGACGGUCCGCCUCCUCGCCGCAGACAAGCGCCAGGGCGCCGAAACCACUCCUAAGUGGAGGAAGUAGUCCUCCUGCUGAGAAACGAGUGUCGCCGCCUUCGAUUCGUCGGGCUGAGCCCAAAUCGCCCGCAAAACAAGUCAGGAUGCAAUCAAAGCCGACAGCUCCUGAGGGCACCGCUCUAUGUAGGUUCUGUGGAAGGCAUUUCAACACCGACCGGUUGGCGAAGCACGAGGCGGUUUGCCAGAAAACUAUGAGCACGAAGCGAAGGAUCUUCGAUGCUUCCAAGCAGCGCAUUGUGGGCACAGAAGCCGAGAAGUUCAAUAGGAAGCCAACCAAGGGAAUGCCCAGAUCCCAGUCAUCGUACAGCAGUGCGGCCCAGCAGAAGGGACUGACCACCGGCGUGAAGAAGAACAACUGGCGGAAGAAGCACGAAGAGUUUAUUCAGUCGAUACGGGCUGCAAAGCAGGUGCAGGCCCAUUUAGCACGCGGUGGUAAGCUGAGUGAUCUGCCGCCGCCGCCACCGUCGGAGAACCCCGAUUAUAUUCAGUGCCCGCACUGCGGCAGACGGUUCAAUCAGCAGGCCGCGGAGCGACACAUUCCCAAGUGUGAAACGAUGAUCCACAACAAGCCCCGAAUGAAUGGCCCGCCUGCUAACAAAAAGCGCUGAGAGAUCCCUGGCUGGGUGACAGUGAUCAAACCCAUACUUUUACUUGUGAUAAAGAAGUUAGAUGAUUGGAACGAAA